GUUGGCAAAAUAAUCAAAGAAGCUGCUGGAAAAAGCAAUCUGAAGAGGGUGACCCUGGAGCUUGGCGGGAAGAGCCCUUGCAUUGUGUUUGCUGAUGGGGACUUGGACAGUGCUGUUGAGUUUGCACACCGAGGGGUAUUCUACCACCAGGGCCAGUGUUGUGUAGCCGCAUCCAGGCUUUUUGUGGAAGAAUCAAUUUACGAUGAGUUUGUUCGAAGGAGUGUAGAGCAGGCUAAGAAGUACGUUCUUGGAAAUCCUAUGACUCCAGGAAUAAGUCAAGGCCCUCAAAUUGACAAGGAACAAUAUGACAAAAUACUUGAUCUCAUUGAGAGUGGGAAGAAGGAAGGGGCCAAACUGGAAUGUGGCGGAGGCCCAUGGGGGAAUAAAGGCUACUUUAUCCAGCCCACGGUUUUCUCUAAUGUUACAGAUGACAUGCGCAUCGCCAAAGAGGAGAUAUUUGGACCAGUACAGCAAAUCAUGAAGUUUAAAUCUUUAGAUGAGGUGAUCAAGAGAGCAAAUAAUACUCACUAUGGAUUAGCAGCAGGAAUCUUUACCAAAGACCUUGAUAAAGCCAUAACAAUGUCUUCUGCUCUGCAGGCUGGAGUAGUGUGGGUGAACUGCUAUUUCAUGGGAUCUGCCCAGUGCCCCUUUGGUGGCUUCAAGAUGUCUGGAAAUGGACGAGAAAUGGGAGAAUAUGGUCUUUAUGAAUAUACAGAGGUCAAGACAGUCACAAUGAAAAUCUCUCAGAAGAACUCAUAAAAAAACUACAAGAAAAGAGAGAAAUUCUUCAAUGGCUGAGCAUCUCCUAUAGUCACUAACAGAGUGGGUUUUCAAUACAAAAUUGUUCUUUUCAUGAUUUUCUUGAAACGUAAGCUAAUCAGAUGAUUGUUAAUACUAUCCAUAGAAAACUUCACAUGUAGCGUAUUCUGAAUCAUUUGCUUUCUAAUAUGUGACUCCGAGUCCUAUCGUACAUAAAAAGUUUGAAUUUGGAUGCCAAAUCUCUCAAGCUCUGUCAUAGUCAUGUGCUUUCAUUUGUAGCUACUUGUCCAAGAUAAUCAUUUCAUAGAAGAGGAAGGACCAAUUGUCGUUUAGCUUCUUCAAGGACUCCUUGAAGUACUUAACAUACAUGUUAACUACAGAGUAAGUUGCUCUGUUCCCAGUAGUUAUGAAGUCCUUGGAGUGUCUUGAAAUGUUUCCUAGAUCUAUGUCUGCUUGUCAAAUGAAGUAAUGCCUGAAAUACUUAGCUGUAAGCUGAAUAUGAACCUUAAUAAAAACAACUUUUCAUGA